AUUUUUACAGUUAUUCCCCUUUCCCCGGAUGUAGGUGGCGUACUUAUCGUUUCGGUCCUCCAUUACUUACUGUUUACACAUUGCAAGCACUGUUUUAAUACUUUAUAUUAGCGAUCUGAGAAUUCUGGAAUGCCUUCGUCGUGUUGCUGUGUGCCGGGGUGUGCCAACAGGGGAGGGCAUCGUUUUCCGAGAGACGAUGCCCUCCGAAGACAGUGGAUAAUCGCCAUCAAGCGAGACCUGAAGCCGGGAAGGUUGUGGCGACCUUCGUCAUCCAGCGUAGUCUGCACCCUACAUUUUAGGCAGGAUGACUACAUCCAGGAGACUAUCCACGGUUUUCCAGCGACUUCAAGAUACAGUCUACAACCAAUGAGCAAAGAUGGUGCUAAGAUUUCAACACCCUCUAACAGUUGAAACAGGGAGUUACUUAUUUACUACAAGUCUGAUCAAUUUAUAUAAUUUUAGAUAUUUUUUUUCAAUCAUGAUUCAGGGAGCGACACUAACUUUAAAACCAUAGCUGUCAGCAGGGCUAGCCAUUUCUUAUUUGUACUAGCCCAGUUUAUUUAUGUAUUAGUUGUCCAGCAGCCGAAGGCUGGUGGCCGAGUCACGAAGGGAGGAGGGGGUAAAGGGCAGGAGGGGGCUUCCUAUUCCCGCUGAUGGGGCUACAGAAAACAUAUGAAAAUUUUUGAAAAUAGAGAUGCCAAAUCCUGCAUUCUGGCUGUAUUUUGUGUAAAAAUUAUAUGUCGCUCUAGUAUUGUACCCAAGACAUUUUUUCUAUUCGAAAAAUUCCACAUUUAUGGUAUUCCGAAUUACCUUUAAAGUUUACAUUUUGACUUACAAAAAUAAUAAUUAUGAUAAAAUAUAUAUUUGAAAAUGAAAUGAAAUUAACAAUUAUCAUGUAUAUUGUGUGUAAAUUAUAAUUAUUUUUGUUGCUUUGAGUAAGUGUUAGGUAAAAUUUACAGAAGCCCUACAGGGCAAGUUUAAAGGCAUGUUAAGUAGCCUGACCUCAAUAUUCAGCUGUGUCGGGCCA